CUCUCUCUCUCUCUGUGUUCUCGCCGAAGCGGCGAUGGAAGCCUUGGCAAUGGAAUUCGAUCUCCUCUUCGUCGCCGUCGACGACGAUACGGCCUCCGGCGUCUGUUGCGGCGAUAUCGACGGAGACGAUAUCGCCGCCGGCGUCCUGGCUCGCUUCCAGAGCUCCGCCCGAGAGGACCACCAGCACCUCUGCGCCACCGUGGCUGCCAUGACCCAGGCCCUCAAGGACCAGGGACUGCCCCUCACUUCCGUCGCCUACUUCGGCGCCACCGCUUCCUCUCUUGACCGCCUCUCCCGCGACCCCGCCUCCGGCUCCGACCCCGCCGCGGCCUCUCUGCUCUUCUUCCUCGCCUUGGCGCUCCCCAGGGUUCCCCGCUCCGUCGUCAGGAGCAGGUGGACGGAGGUCUCGGAUACCUUGGUUCGAAUCCUAGGUUUCGAUUCGCUACCGCCUGGUUGUGUGAGGUCCGGGUUGAGGUGCGCAUCUUAUUUCCUUGUGGUUGGCGACAUGACGGAUUGGUCGGCCUUGUCGCCACUCUAUGGCGUUCUUCUAUGUUUCGUCACGGAUGAGCGACCGAAGGUGAGAAAGGAGUGCCACUCAUGUUUGAGUGGUGUACUAAGAAGUUUUCAGAAUCUGGCAGUGUUGAUGCCGGCAAGUGAAGAUAUCACAGCCAUCUUUGAGAGGUUUCUACUGCUUGCUGGUGGAUCUUCUGCAGAUUCCUCUCCUUCUGAUUGUUCUAGAGGAGCUAUGCAGGUUCUAUAUAUCUUCAAUGCCAUGAAGGAUUGUCUUCCCCUUAUGGCAGCGAAACACAUGAAUACAAUUUUGAAAUACUGCAAUAGAUUGUUGGAACUGCAGCAGUUGAUUGUGACAAGGUGUAUAAUGGAGAUUCUGCAUGCUCUGUGCAGUAGUCCAACUGUAGAACUUUCUCCUGAAUUAUUACAGAAUUUAUUUUGCUCACUAGCUUUGUCUGUUUCUGAUAAUGAGAAGUCACCAGACCAGAUGGCAUCAACUGCACGCUUGCUAUAUGUCGGGACAAGAAAGAUUUAUGAUCUGAACAAGCAAAUAUGUAUUGUGACACUACCUGUUAUAUUUAAUGCCCUUGGAGAUAUUUUGGCCAGUGAACAUGAGGAAGCCAUGUUUUCUGCUAUAGAGGCCUUGAAGGGCUUAAUACGUGCUUGCGUUGAUGAAAGCCUGAUCGAGCAAGGUGUUGAUCAAAUCAAAACUACAGAUGGAGAGCUAAGGAAGUCUGGACCUACUGUAAUUGAGAAGAUAUGUGCAACCAUUGAAGGUUUCCUUGGUUAUCGCUACAAUGCUGUUUGGGACAUGUCAUUCCAGGUCCUUUCAACAGCAUUCAGUCAACUAGGUGAAUCUUCAUAUUAUCUAAUGGCUGGAGCUGUUAAAAGCCUUGCAGAUAUGCAAAACUUAUCAGAUGAGGACUUUUCAUUUAGAAAGCAGCUUCAUGAAUGUCUUGGGUCAGCUAUUAGUGCAAUGGGGCCUGAGAAAUUUCUACACAUCCUGCCACUCAACUUGGAUGUGGAAGAUGUCUCAGAUGCUAAUGUUUGGUUACUUCCAAUAUUAAAGCAACAUGUGGUUGGUGCUCGUCUAAGUUUUUUCUUGGAACACAUAUUGGUGAUGGUUAAACACAUAAAGCAAAAAUCCCUUAAGCUUGAGACAGAGGGAUGGAUUUUCUCAGCUAGGAGCACUGAAGGUCUCGUAUACACAUUGUGGUCCUUGUUGCCUGCCUUUUGCAACUACCCUAUUGAUAUUGACUGUGGCUUUAAUGCUAUUCAGAAAGAGUUGUGCAAUGCACUACGUGAGGAACCCGACUUGCGUGGGAUAAUAUGCUCUAGUCUACAGAUUUUGAUUCGUCAAAAUAGUGACAUAAUCUCUGAUAAAUCUACUGUACCCGAUGGUAAAAUAAGGAAUCAUUAUAGUAGAAGGCAGUCAGAAGAAAAUCUGAAGACAAUACACUCAUUUGCUCCAGAAUUUUUUUCAGUUUUAUCAGAGGCAUUCCUGACAUCUUCGCACGAUAGUGGUGGUUACUUGCAGGCCACCAUCCAUGAUUUUGCAAAUAUAGCUGAUAACAAGGUAGUGAAGAAAGUCUUUAUGGGAGCCAUGCAUAAAUUGUUGAAGGUUACACAGGAAGCUGUUAAAGCUAAGCAGCCUAAUGGUUCUGGUACCAUGCUAAUAGAUGGUGCAUCCAAUGAAGCAUCCCUUUCCCAUGCAAGGGCCCUCUUAUUGGAAUUGGCCGUUUCACUUCUUCCUGGUCUAGGUGUUAAGGAAAUUGAUUUCUUAUUCAGUGUUAUUAAGCCUGCUUUACAGGAUGAAGAAGGAAUCUUACAAAAAAAAGCAUAUAAAAUCCUCUCAAUCAUACUGAAGGAACAUGGUCACAAUCUUUGGAAUAAUCUGGAUGAACUACUUGAGUUGAUGAUUGCGUCACUAUCAUCUUGCCACUUUGCAGCUAAUCGUCAAAGACUUGAUUGUUUAUACAUUUUAAUUGUCUCAAUGUCCAAGGAUUCAUUUGAUCAUAAAAGGAGGAACAUCAUCAGCUCUUUUCUCACUGAAAUAAUACUUGGAUUGAAAGAGGUCAAUAGAAAGACAAGGAACAAGGCUUAUGACUUGCUUGUUGAAAUUGGUCAUGCUUGUGAAGAUGAGGAAAGAGGAGGGAGAAAAGAAAACCUUCUGCAAUUUUUUAACUUGAUAGCUGGCGGUCUUGCUGGUGAAACACCACAUAUGAUCAGUGCUGCAGUUAAAGGGUUAGCUUGUUUGGCAUAUGAAUUCUCAGAUCUCAUUGGUCCAGCUUACAACUUGCUGCCAUCUGUAUUUCUUCUCCUGCAAAGAAAGAACCGUGAAAUUUUCAAAGCCAUUUUAGGUCUCAUCAAGGUAUUGGUGGUGAAAUCCGACGAUGAUGGCAUACAGAUGCACUUAAAGACGAUUGUGGAGGGACUCUUUAAAAGGCAAGAUGAUACCAAUAAUCAUUUCAAGGCCAAGGUCAAGUUGCUGCUUGAAAUGCUUGUGAGAAAAUGUGGUUUUGAUGCUGUGAGAGCAGUUAUGCCUGAAGAACACAUGAAACUACUAACCAAUAUUCGGAAGAUCAAGGAGAGAAAGGAGCGAAAAGCCAAAUCUGAGGAUGGGGAAUCUCUUGCUUCGCGAACAAGCAUCUCUAGGCAUAGUAAAUGGAAUCAUUCUCGUAUCUUUUCUGAAUCUGGAGACGAAGAUAUGGAUGAUGAUAGUGAUGCAGAACUGGCAGUGGCCAAAACAACUUAUGGUCGACAGACUAAAGCUUUUGCUCGUUCUAGUAUGCGGUCUUUAUCUGUAAGGUCAAUCCGAAAGCGCCAAGCAGCUAAGAGCUUGCCAGAAGAUUUCCUCGACCAAUUCGAAGAUGAUCCACUCGACCUGCUAGACCGGCAGAAGACAAGAUUAGCCCUGCGAUCCGUGACCCAUCUCAAAAGAAAGCAAACCUCCACCGAUGAGCCAGAAAUAGGUGCUGAUGGCCGUCUCAUUGUCCGUGAGGAUAGUUUCAAGCCUAAAAGGGAGAAGAGCUUGUCUUCAGAAAAUGAUUUGGAUACCAGAAGCCAUUCAGACAACCGUUCUGUUUCAAGUUCUCUGGCAAUGACUCGGAAGAAGCGUCGUAAAACAACAGAUUCUGGUUGGGUUUACGCAGGUAGUGAGUAUACCAGCAAAAGGGCUGGUGGAGAUGUCAAGAAGAAGGACAAGCUGGAGCCUUAUUCAUAUUGGCGUCUCGAUCGGAAGCUGCUCAACCGCAGGGCAGAACGCAAGGCUGUUGCACGCAAGGGUAUGGCAAGGGUACUGAUGUCUUCAAAAAGGCUAGAAGGAAAGAGUGCAUCUAGUGCACUUUCUUUGCAGGGGCUAUCCUUGGACAAGAAGCAAAAAGGAAGGUAGCAGCAAGAGGUGAUGUUGUGUGAAAUAUUAAUGAUGCGAGAUAGCCAGUCGAUUGUGCAGAUUAUACAUGAUCAUGUCACAUUCUUGUCUUUGAUUUGAUUUAUAGGGUUUGUUGAGGCCAUUUGGGUAUUCCUUUUCCGAGGGCUUGUAUUUCACUAGUUUGUCCGAUAUAUGUUACAAAGCAAUUAUAUUCAUUCAGCCAGCCUUGAUUUGUUUCGCA